UUCUACUCCCUGUUUCCCCGCGUUGGCGAACUCCAAGUCGAUGUUGCCAACCAACCGACACCCGCGAACCAAGAUAUUGCCAAGAAAGGAAGGGAAAGAUUGGCAGCCAAGCCAUCAAUCCAAGACCUCAAGGUCGUAGCAAUCAGCCUGUAGCAAUACCAAGUAAUUGACUGCUUGAAGAAAUAAAAACAGUUUCGUUCUGCCAUAGUCUUUCGAGCCACGAACUCGUUUCGAGCGUCUGGAUCGUGCAUGAAGACCGACCUAGAAUUACUUGAGAAUCGCAAAGAUGGGCUGGAAUGCCAAAUUGAAGAAUAGCGACAAUCGUCAGGCUCUAGAGUCAACCACGCCUCUCAACACUAAGACAACAUCAUGGCUAAAGGAUCCUGGACUCCGUCCACUCAACUUUGGUCUCUUCUUCCUUCUAUUCGGUGAUGUUGCUCAUGGUUUCGACGGAUCCUUGAUCAACAACCUUCAACAGAUUAGCAAAUGGCAAGAUGACUUUGACCACCCACAAGCAAGUCUCCUAGGUGCCAUGAGCGCAUCCUACUGGAUCGGAAAUAUCCUAGGGGUCAUUCUCAUUCCCCUUGUUGCAGAUCGUCUGGGCCGCCGUAUCGCAAUCGCAACAGGCUCAUCCCUUUGCAUCGUUGGUGCAGCAAUCUGCGCGGCGACAGUCAACCAUGGAGCCUUCAUCGCUGGCCGUAUUCUUCUUGGCAUGGGCGGAGUCAUGUGCUCUUCCGUUUCGACGGUCUUGAUGACGGAGCUGGCAUACCCAGCCCAUAGAGCCACGGCAACAGCUUUGAGCAGUACGACAUACAGCGUCGGGGCCAUCUUGGCCGCUUGGGUAGCUUUUGGGAGUUUCCGAAUUUCGGAUUCUUGGGCGUGGAGAACACCGACGCUGAUUCAGGCGUUUCCAUCGGCGAUGGUGCUCUGCGGACUCUUUUUCUUGCCGGAAUCGCCUCGAUGGCUUUGCAGCAAGGGCAGGGAACAGACGGCGCUUGACAUCCUCACAAAGUACCAUGGAGCCGGUGAUGCCGCUGACGCAGUCGUCCAGCACGAAUACGCCGAAAUCAAAGAAACCAUUGAGGCGGAGAUUACGCAAAACAGGAACCCCUUCCACCUCAAGGCUCUCUUCGCAACCCCGGGCAAUCGUUGGCGAUCGUUCAUUAUCAUCUGGUGCGGGAUAUGCAAACAGUGGUCUGGGAACGGGCUGGUAUCAUACUAUCUGGGCAGCAUGCUCAAAAGCGCAGGAAUUACAAAGCAGAUCGAGACAACGCUGAUCACUGCAACAUCUCAGAUGUUCAGCUUCGCAUGUUCCUUUGCCUUUGCCUUCCUCCCCGCGCGGGUUGGUCGCCGGCCCCUCAUGCUGACAAGUAUGGCCGGAAUGUGGGUGGUAUUCGCAAUUAUCACGGCCACGUCUGGCGCCUACGUCGAGAUAGGGAACCGCCACGCAAGCUACACAACAGUGGCGUUCAUCUAUCUCUACAGCGGUGUGCAUAACCUAGGCUGGACGGGCGCACAAAUGCUCUACAUUGUCGAGAUCCUUCCCUACACUAUCCGCGCCAAGGGCAUGGCCAUGUUUUCGCUCGUCGCGGGUAUUUGUGGAGCCUUUAAUACCUACGUUAAUCCUCUCGGGAUUGCGGCGAUGUCCUGGAAGUUCUACUUCUUCUACGUUGGCUGGAUUAUUGUUCAGUUUAUUGUUGUGUACUUAUUUUUCCCCGAGACCAAAGGUCCUAGUUUGGAGCAAAUCGCGCUGCUAUUCGAUGGUAAGGAUGCUCAAAUGGGCCGGGUCAAUGCUGUGGCCGACGAGAUGCUCGAUGAGAAGGGCGGAAUUGCGUUCCGGACAAAGGAACAACAGUAGAGAUGCUAGAGUUGCUUCUAGGCUUUCACUACAAAACCAGUCCACAUACGCAACUGUAACAGUUCUGAAAGUGUAAAGAUGGAAGCCGCUUACAGAUAUCGGUAUGAAACUUGAAUAUGACUACGCACUACAGUCAGGUCGUUAAACUCUUCCUGUAAGCUUUGUGGCGGAGCUAUUCGCCAAGGAGGUUUAUUGAUCAUCCGCUCUUGGCGAGAGGUUGCAGUCCAAGCUUCGGCGGUCAAACUUCACUUCACAGACUCUGUAAAGACCUGUAACCUAUCGAUACAUAUGUACAAUAGGAGAUGCUGGAGGUAUGAUUGCCUCUAGCCAAGACCCAGCGGGCGUGUGAUCCACGUGGAGAAUCCGGCUCCC